AUGCGUUUCUUCAUCGUGACUUUGGCGACUGUUGCGCUUUUUGUUCUGGCCUUUGCGGCUGAAGACGAAGUUUCUGUGAUCUUGACUUGCUCUCGUAAUGCGCCUAAGUGUUUCACACAUUCUCUGCAGCAAUUAAGUGCACUUCAGCUGCUCCUCGUGGGAGUGCUUCUGGGUUCUUGUGCAGGUAAUCCAGCCAGGAAAACGCGCCAGACGGAGCAGAGACCCUUGGAAUUCAGUGAUGUCAUUCCGGGAUCGAGAUUCUCACAGCGAGGAUUCAAUGGGACGUGGUUGACAGAGACUGAGUUUCUCUAUCGCAACAGCGAAGGCGAUUACACUAUUUACAAUGUAGUUGAUAGCACCAAUCGAUUGUUCCUCGCGCGAGAUGCUCUGUCAGGUUGGAGUGGAGCGAGCUACACUUUUUCCCGGGACUACACGAAAGUCCUCGUUCGCUACAGCACCAGAUCUAUCUUCAGGCACUCGAUUGUGGCCAAAUACGCGGUUUAUAAUAUCGCCUCGGGCACGUUCGUUGAUGUAUCGAACGCGGAGGAAUUGAAUGUAUGCACGUGGUCGCCUGUGGACUCAAACACUCUAGCCUUCGUGAAGGACAAUGAUGUGUACGUGAAGAAGUUAGACGGCGUAGAGACUCGCCUCACCAAUGACGGCGUUCCGGGAGUUAUUUAUAACGGCGUACCGGAUUGGGUGUACGAAGAGGAGGUUCUGGGCAGCGGGGCGGCUCUGUGGUUCUCCACAGAUGGCGGAAACAUCGCCAUUGCCAGCUUCGACGACACUCUCGUCAAUGAGUCGAUGUACUUCAUGUACGGUGAGCCGGGAAAUGCCAAUAAUCAGUAUUUCGAGGAGAUUCAGCUGCGCUACCCGAAAGCCGGCAUGACCAAUCCCGUGGUUGCGCUUCGUGUGCUGGACAUGAGCACAUCUGGCGCGACUUGGCGGCACAUUCCCACGCCCGUGGACAUCGUCUCGAGCGAUCACAUCCUGGGCACGGUCUCCUGGUACAAUGACAAUCACAUCUUGGCGCUGUGGCUCAACCGGCGCCAGAACAUCGCCACGCUGCAAUCGUGCAUCGUCGGGAGCGAGAUCACGUGCCGUGAGAUCAUCAGACUGUCCGAGCCCUCGGGCUGGGUGAGCGUAAACGCGCCCAGGUGCUACCCAACAGCCAAUGUCUGCCUCAUGAUCGCCAACUCCGAGGGAUGGUACAAAGUGUGGAAGUACGACUUCACGCAGCAACAGACCAGCAUAAUCACGCCAACAGCCGUCACCGUGUCCAGCAUCUACGGCUAUGACGAGGUCAACGACAAUCUGUACUAUCUCGCCGUGCCCGGAAGUAAUCCAGAGCAGCGCCACGUCUUCAGGGACAACACGUGUCUCACGUGCUCCUCCCAGAGUCCCGAAGGCGCCGAGUGCAUCUACGCGAGCGCCAGCUUCAGCAGAGAUUUCUCCUAUUACGCCCUCACAUGUUCCGGCCCGACGCCAUCGUACACGCAUCUUACCAGAGCGUCGGACAACAGUAAAAUACUCGCGUGGGAGGAGAACUUAUCAACACGCACAAGUUUAACUGCCAUUGCUUUGCCUCAAGUUCACUACCUCAAAGUUCCCGUUAAGGGUGGAUUUGAGGCGUCUGUGAAGAUUAAAGUGCCGGCCAAUGUGAACUUCCCAUCGGGAAAUGACCAGAAGUAUCCCAUGAUCGUUUAUGUUUACGGCGGACCAAAUUCUGCUCGCGUCACGGCGUCCUUUGGCGUCGGCUUUGGAGACUUCAUGGUCAGCGGACAUCACGUGAUCGAGGUGCAAAUUGACGGGCGCGGAACGGCAAAUCAAGGCACAGACUUCCUCUUCACGCUCAACAAUCAUUUGGGCACCGUUGAGAUUGAAGACCAGAUCGACGUGGCCAAGUACUUGCAGGAGAACUACGACUUCAUCGACGCCGAUCGCACUGGCAUUUGGGGAUGGAGCUAUGGCGGCUACGCCACAGCAAUGGCGCUGGCCAAAGACACAGAAAGAGUGUUCCAGUGCGGUAUUUCCGUGGCUCCUGUCAUUUCCUGGAUUUACUACGAUUCCAUCUACACCGAACGAUACAUGGGACUGCCGAAUCCGACGUUCAACGAAGCGGGUUACAAUGCCAGCGACAUUACGAGGAACAUUGAGGAGUUCAAGCAUCACGACUUUCUCCUGAUUCACGGCAACGCGGAUGACAAUGUGCACUUCCAGAACUCCAUGAUGUUGAGUCGAGUUCUGCAGAAAGCCAACAUUCUCUUCGAACAGAUGAGUUAUCCAGACGAAGCGCACGGCUUAAAUGGAGUCUCGCGGCAUUUGUAUCACUUGAUGGAAUCCUUUUGGAUGCAGUGUCUCAGUAUUGAGGAGUAAUAAUGCAAUAUUGUAUUGGCAAUAAUAUUGGUCAAUAAACAACUGAAAUAGAAAUUAAA